GGCCCAGGCAUGGAGGAGCUGAUAUGGGAGCAGUACACCGUGACCCUGCAGAAGGAUUCUAAAAGAGGAUUUGGAAUUGCAGUGUCGGGAGGGAGAGACAACCCACACUUUGAAAACGGAGAAACCUCUAUUGUCAUUUCUGAUGUGCUUCCAGGUGGACCUGCUGAUGGCUUGCUUCAAGAAAAUGACAGGGUGGUCAUGGUCAAUGGUACUCCCAUGGAGGACGUGCUCCAUUCAUUUGCAGUUCAGCAGCUUAGGAAAAGUGGGAAGAUUGCAGCCAUUGUGGUCAAGAGGCCCCGGAAGGUUCAGGUGGCCCCGUUGCAGGGCAGCCCUCCUCUCAGUCAUGAGGACCGGGGUUUUGAGGUGAUAGAUGAAUUUGAUGGCAGAAGUUUCCGCAGUGGCUACAGCGAGAGGAGCGGGCACAGCAACCAUGAUAUGCUCAGCCACAGCUGGGAGGACGGCAGGGAGAGGGGGCGUCCCCAGCCCCGCACACAGAGCCGGGAGCGGGAGCACAGCCGUGGCCGGAGCCUGGAACGCGGCCUGGACCACGAAGACUAUGGGCGCAGCCGGGAACGCAGCCGUGGCCGGAGCCUGGAGCGCGGCCUGGACCACGAUUUUAUGCCCCGGGCCCAUAGCCGUGGUCGCAGCAUUGACAGGGAUUACGACCGAGAUUAUGAGCGCUCCUAUCACCAAUCCUAUGAGCCUGACUAUGAGGGAGGCUACAUCCCAUUAUAUGACCGCAGAGCCCAGUCUGAGGCUCGCUAUGAGCGCAGCCACAGCCGCGAACACCUACGCUCCCGGAGCCCCAGCCCUGAGCCCAGGUCCCGGCAGGAGCACAAGCAUGAUCCAGACAGGCCCAUCGGGGUCCUUUUGACCAAAAACAAAGCAAAUGAAGAGUAUGGUCUCCGGCUGGGGAGUCAGAUCUUCAUCAAGGAAAUGACCAGAACAGGACUGGCAACCAAAGAUGGCAACCUUCAUGAGGGGGACAUAAUUCUCAAGAUCAAUGGGACUGUUACUGAGAACAUGUCUUUAACUGACGCUCGGAAGCUAAUAGAAAAAUCUAGAGGGAAAUUGCAGCUUGUGGUGUUGAGAGACAGCAGGCAAACCCUCAUCAAUGUCCCAUCCCUCAAUGACAGUGACUCUGAAGUAGAAGAUAUCUCGGAAAUCGAGUCCAACCGAUCAUUUUCUCCAGAGGAGAAGCGCCAGCAGUACUCUGAUCAAGACUAUCAUUCCUCCAAUGAGAAGCUGAAAGAGAGGCCGAGUUCAAGAGAGGAAACCUCAGGCCGACUGUCCAGGAUGGGUGCCACACCCACGCCAUUCAAGUCCAUGGGAGACAUCACUGCUGCAAGUGUCUCAGAGGCCAACAAGGAGCCCAGGAACCAGGAAGAAACCCCAGUUCCUCAACCCAGAACAGCCCCAAGAACUUUUCUUCGUCCUAGUCCUGAAGAUGAAGCAAUAUAUGGCCCUAACACCAAAAUGGUGAAGUUCAAGAAGGGAGACAGCGUGGGUCUCCGGUUGGCUGGUGGAAAUGACGUUGGGAUAUUUGUGGCUGGCAUUCAGGAGGGUACCUCUGCAGAGCAGGAGGGCCUGCAAGAAGGAGACCAGAUUCUGAAG